ACUAAUGAGUAUUGAUAUGUUAGUACUAAUAUUUAAUAAUAAAUUUAUCAUUUAUGAUACUGGCUAUACUCAGUUUUACAAUAUCAAACCUAUAUUCUGUUUAUUCCGUGUUUGUACUGUUUGUAACUAUGUGUGUCGUCAACGGUGCCUGACAGUUGACAGUCAACAUUUACCAACGUUUAAAAUAUUUUGCCAUUGAAUAUUAUAUAUUUUUUCAAUUUUCAUUUGUUUGCUUUUCAGACGGAUUUUUGUCACUCAUUUUCUCAACAAUAUGGAACAAAUAGUCAAGAUUUUUGUACAUCAAAGUUAUUUCAUAGAAAAUGAUUUGAUCGUUGACUAUAAUGUGGAACAAGAAGCUCUUAUUAAUGUAUCCCCUAAAGAUUGGAUAGCAUUAAUACCUAAAGGGUGGUCUGGAGUAGAUGAACAAGUUGCUUAUAAAACAAUUGAUAGUGAUUGUGAUGUAGCAAAUUUAGCAAUUAAAUCAGUUAUUAUGGAGAAAAAGUGUUUCCAAGAUGUUGUUGAGUGUGAGAAACAUUAUCAACUCAUGUAUAUUAGCCAAUAUUUAGAGAUAUUAGGCAGAAGUGAAUACUUUACUUUUCUUCAUCAAUCUGGACCUUGUAACUGUAUUUCUUCUUCUGUACAAAAUGAAAAUAAGGAUAAUUUUAAGCAAAGUCGAUUAUCUUCCUUUAGCCGCAACAAACCAUUACGUAGACAAUCACCAACACCACGGGCAUUUUACAAAAAUCGACCUCAAUCACAAAAUAAUGUUGUAAAAAGUGAAAAAUUAAAAUCAAAACCAUGGUCGACAAAUAAAUGUAUUAAUUGUAAUGCACCAAACAACUUUUCAGCACUUGAAAGUGCAUACCUUGCAAAAAUUCAAGAUUUAACAACAAAUAAUGAAGCAAUGGAGCAACGUUUAUUGACAUUUGAAAAAGAUUUGGUUCAUACAUUGGAAGUAGUUAAUAAACAGUUUAAAUUGAGCACAGCCAUUUCACAACAAAAACGUGAUAUUCAAAAAUUCAUUGAUGAUUUAGUUGAUGGAUUAGUUAAUGAUGGCAAGAUAACAUUUUGGGCUCAUGAUCAAGAGUUUUCAGUUGUUAGAGAAUUUCCAGAAAAAAACCAAAUCUCUCCACUGCCAGAUGACUGCACAUUGUCCAUUAAUAAAUCACUAAAUUCGUCCAAAGAGGUUUAUAUGAAAGCUAUCAUUGGCCAACAAGAGGAAACUAUUCAACAUCUUGUUGAUAAAAUAAAGGAUUUGUUUGAUCUUUUCCUUAAAGUAAACUCGCAGACAAAUGAACAAAAUAAUUCAGAUUUAACUUCAUCUGAAAGUAAAAUAAAUAAUAUUGGUUACAUGGAUAGUUCAGGAACUACAUAUUUUUCUCCUCCAUCAUAUAUUACUGAUACUUUGAACGAUAUAAAUUUGUAUUUGGCCAAUACUGUUAAUUAUGAUCAUAGAAUUGAAAAAAUUGGGAUAAAUGAAAAUGUUUGUAACUGGACAAAAAACACUUUUUCUGGUAGUGACUUUCCAGUUACACUGGAAUCAAGUGUAAUACCUACAUUAAAUAAUGAAGUCAAAGACAAAAUAUUGACCUUUGAAGAUUGGAAACAAGAAAAAAACGAAUUUACAUUGUGUACUCAAUCACCUGAGAACAGUAUUAAUGAAAAAACAAAUCCAUUGAACAUUAAACAAUAAAAAAAGACGCAAAUGAUAAUUUUGAAGAAAAUGUUUCUUGAGAUCGUCAUUUUACAAUUUUAAACAUAAUGAUACUGGAGUUCAGUUAC